AUGGCUGAGCUCUCAAUUGCAUCAGGGAUUGUGGGAUUGCUCUCACUUGGGAUUCAGGUCACCCAAUCUCUGAUCAGUUUUUAUUCCGCAUACAAGGACCAAGAUGGCGACCUGGCAAAAAUCACACAAAAUUUCGAAGACCUUCAGGGCAUCUUUCAGUCCCUGGAAAGUGCAGUCCAAGAUCGCCAGUCCCAGGGUGACAUGGAUGAAGUACUCAAAGAAGUUGACAAGGCGAUGCAAGGAUGCCACGAAAUUAUUGAAGAGCUGCAGAAAGAGUGCCAGAAACUCCAUACAGACCUAGGCUUAAGCUUGAAAGGCCAUAUCCAAGUUGCUGGACGUCGCGCAGCCUAUCCAUUCCGAAAAAGUACUUUGCAAAAGCUUAAAGAAGAUGUCAGUGAGAUAUGUGAGAGCUUGUCACUUGCACUCAAUGUUCUGCAGCUCAAAAGCUACAAUCAGACCCAAUAUGAAUUAUUGGAACUCAAAUCACUUCUUGAGCGCAUAAAUACGAGUCAGUUCUUUUCAAUGAUUCGUAAUUGGCUUAUGGCCCCUGAUGCUUUUAUCGACCAUAAUGCUAUAUAUGCAAAACGCCAUCCCAGUACUGGACUGUGGUUCAUCAAUAGCCAUCAUUUUACAGACUGGCUGGUAGAGCACAAUUCCUUCCUUUGGAUCAAUGGCGUUCCAGGAUGUGGCAAGUCUUUCUUGUGCUCAACUACAAUUGAGCACACAUUUCAUGAGAUAAAGGACAAGCAUGAGGUUGGGAUUGCAUUCUUUUACUUUUCAUUCACUGAUAAGAUGAAGCAAAGUAGCUAUGGAAUGCUAUGUGCAUUGCUGUUACAGCUAUCAGUGCAGCUUCAAGAUGGUGAAAAAGAUCUUGAACAGCUACACAGGUUAUAUAAAUUAGGUACCCCUCCAGUGGGUGCAUUACUGGACUCUCUUCGAAGUGUCCUUUGCCGAUUCCAUGAGGCCUUUAUUCUGCUUGACGCAUUAGAUGAAAGCCCUCAAGAUUGUGGAAGAGAAGGUGUUUUAGAAGCAAUAGAGACAAUACGGAAGUGGGACUUACCUGGUCUCCAUCUUUUGGUGACCAGUCGCGAUCUUCUUGAUAUUUCUCAGUCUCUUAAUCCUUCCCAUGGCCAGGCAAUAUCAAUGAAGAAUCCAGGGGUUAACAGAGACAUUGCUAUUUUUGUGUCUGAUCAACUUAAGGAAGAUCAACAACUUCAGAGGUGGAAAGCUCGUCACAGUGAUAUUCAAGAACAAUUAACACAGCAUGCACAGGGAGUAUUCAGAUAUGCUAACUGUCAGCUCAAAGAACUUAGACGGCACGGAACCAGAACCAGCUUGACCUUUUUCUACACUCUCUGCCUAAGGAUCUUGAUGAAACAUAUGAGCGAAUUCUAUGCAGCAUUGACGAAAACUAUGUUGAUGAUGUUUGCCGAAUUUUGA